AUGCCCGUAUGGCGCUAUGACUCAAAUGGCGAUCUGGAGAUUGACUCCGCAUCCGAGUGCUCAGCUGAAACAGAAAGGUGGUUUCUUCCAGGCGGUGUCUGUUUAACAGACCAUCAGAAGCGAAGCUUGGAGUUUGGGAGCCAGUUUGUGGAUGCCACAGGUCUGAAAGCCCAUCUGAAGCCUUUGGGCCGCAAGCUUCAUGUCUUGACUGACUGUUCUGGGGCCGAAGCUCCUAUCACUGCGUUGUACCUGAUGUUUGGGAAAGACUCAAUCAAGCAUUUGUCUGCAUGUGACAAAGCAAAAGGUCCGCAAGAGUACAUCAAAGCGAACUUUCCCGAUGCAGAGUUGUAUCAUGAUGUGCUUUCCUGGGAAGUUGAAAAAUUUGUGGACAAGGUGGAUAUCUAUGCAGCGGGCUUCCCCUGCAAGGCAUUCAGCCGCAUGAGGACUUUUUCAUUGUGGCUUCAAGACCCCGAAGCCCGGCCCUUCUAUGGUUGUGUUAGCAACAUCAAAUCCCUUCGGCCACGGGCAGCUGUUAUGGAAAACGUCAUGGGCAUCGCUUUGGUAAUGGUCGAAGUCAAAGACCACCUGGUCAAAGAGUUGCCGGAGUAUGAUAUUUACAUCAUCGUCUUGUCCCCGCAUCAAUUUGGAGUGAACCUGAACAGGGAGCGGUACUACUUCCUCCUGGUCCGGAAGGAGUAUGCGAUUGGGGACUUGGAAGCCAUUACUACUCAAACGUUGACCGAUUUGGAGAAGAAGUUCGAGCACUCUGAGCCAUGGCAAACUUUUUUGCUUCCGGACGACCACGAGCUGCUGACUGACAAAAAGGAGAGGCGACAUGCAGAGAAAAAAGACUACUCCAUUGUGGCAAAGCCGAAGCCAGAAGAACCAAAGUGGAGACACAUCCACUGGGAAGUCAUGCAGCGCAACAAGGUUGUCAAAAAGAACUUGAAGAAAGAUGUUGAUGCAUGGCAGAAGCGACUAAAGACGCCUAGAAGUUGCCAGGCCCUGGCAAUCCUUUCCUCAAUCAAGCCAACUUGGACGGCAUGUGACCUGUCCCAAAGCCUCCACCGCAUGCCGGUGAUUGGUGAUGGGGCACCUUUUAUGUGCAUCACGCCCAAUGGGAAGUACUGGAUCCGUGAGAAGCAAAGAUGUCUCCUAGGUUUGGAGAAACUCCUUCUCAUGGGGUUUCCCAUUCAUGUUCUAAACGUGACUUGCGUGAGUGACACGGUUCUCUCAUCGCUUGGUGGCAACGCCAUGCAUAUCCGGCCAGUCGCAGCAGCCUUGGCAUGCGUGUUGAAGUCGAUGGACAUCCAGAAGGUUGCCACUUUGAGGUUGUGA